AUGAUAAUCUCAACAGCAGUGCUGCUAAAAUCUGCAACCACAAAGGCAGAUAUGGGCAGUUUGUGUGGACUUUUACCUUACUUUUUAAUAUUAUGUGUGAGGACUGCGCACUUUGCUAUAUAGACGUUUACUGGGCUGAAUUUAUUUCACGGUAUUUUUACUGAUAACGAAAGCACUUAUUCCCUACUUUGCCAUGUAGCUAACGUUUUUUUUUUUUUUUUUACCAGUCUGCAGCCAACUAACUUUCGAGACAAACAUUGGGAACCUUUAUAAACGUGUCGUGGCGAAACAGUCAGAUUUCAGCAGCAGAAGCAGGAGCGACAGGUCGCUCUGAUAAGUUGUGGAGCUUGUGAAGAGGCAGGUUUCACGAUGACAGAGCGGACUCCUCUUCUCCACUACCGCCUCUCCACCAGCGUCAAUGAAACCGAGCGGCGGCCCCCUCCGGCCGGGCAGGCCCUGGCUCAGCACCCGGGCAGCCCCCGGCAGAGGUCCACCCCUCAGCGGCAACCGAAGAAACUCUCCAUCUUCUUCGGUGUGGUGAUCCCUACCCUGCUGUCAAUGUUCAGCGUGGUAUUGUUUCUCAGAAUAGGAUUCGUGGUGGGCCAGUCUGGACUCUACCAAGCUAUUGCCAUGUUCCUGGUGGCCUACUUCAUCAUCUGCAUGACCGUGCUGUCAGUGUGUGCCAUCUCCACCAACGGAGCCCUGGAUGCAGGCGGGGCCUAUUACAUGAUCAGCAGAGCGUUGGGGCCAGAGUUUGGCGGCAGCAUCGGCAUCAUGUUCUUCCUGGCUAACGUGUGUGGCAGCGCCCUCUAUGUGCUGGGUUUGGUUGAAGCCAUCGUGGCCACGUUCGGCGUGCCAGAAGACGGAUCUCUGGUCACCUCUCCCUACCAGGUCCUGCCGUCGGGCUACUGGUGGUCUCUUCUUUACGCCACAGGCGUGGCCCUGCUGUGCCUGCUGGUGUGCCUGGUAGGAGCCCACAUCUACGCCAAGGCCACCUUCCUCAUCUUCCUGGUGGUCAUGUUUGUCUUGGGCACCAUCUUCACCAGCUUCUUUGCCGUUGGCCCUCGUACCAUCCUCUUGCCCGGCUCUCAGUCAUUUAACCCGGCACCCAAUGGAACAGGCCCCACGUUUCCCACCACAGCCAACUUCACCGGCUUCAAGUUGGACACGCUGCUGGGGAACCUGGCAGCUAACUACACGGUGGAUUACACAACAGGAAAUAUGAUGACCUUCGCCACUGUUUUCGCCGUUAUGUUUAACGGCUGCACUGGCAUCAUGGCCGGCUCGAACAUGUCAGGGGACUUGAAGAAUCCCAGCUACUCAAUCCCCCGCGGCACCAUCACAGCCGUCAUUUUCACCUUCAUCAUCUACAACCUGCUCAGCGUGCUGGUGGCCUGCUCCUGCGACCGCAUCCUGCUGCAGAGGGAUUACAGUUUCCUAAGAGAUAUCAACAUCUGGAAUCCUUUUGUCACCAUCGGGGUUUAUUCCUCAACUCUCUCUGCCGCCAUGAGCAACCUCAUCGGAGCCUCACGCAUCCUCUACGCCCUGGCCAGGGACGACUUGUUUGGUAAGGUGCUGUCUCCAGCUAAGAAGACGUCCCACAGUGGUAACCCCUGGGUCUCUGUGCUCAUCUCCUGGUUCCUUGUGCAGCUGGUGCUUUUCUCAGGGAAGCUUAACAUCAUAGCCAGUAUUGUGACCAUCUUCUUCCUGUUGGUGUACGCGGCCGUGGACUUGGCGUGCCUCGCUCUGGAAUGGGCCUCUGCACCUAAUUUCAGGCCCACCUUUCGUUACUUCACCUGGCAUACGUGUGUGUUGGGCAUCGUGGGUUGCGCUGUCAUGAUGUUCCUGAUCAAUGCCAUCUACGCCUCAGCCAGCAUCGCCUUCAUGCUGCUGCUGCUUCUGCUGAUUCACUACCUCAGUCCCACCUCCAGCUGGGGCUACAUCAGCCAGGCUCUCAUUUUCCACCAGGUGCGUAAGUACCUGCUGAUGUUGGACGUGAGGAAGGACCACGUCAAAUUCUGGAGGCCUCAGGUCCUGCUGAUGGUUUCCAACCCUCGCAGCAGUGUGGGCCUCAUCACAUUUAUCAACGACAUUAAGAAGAGCGGCCUCUAUGUGCUGGGACACGUCCAGCUCGGAGAUCUCAACACUUUACCAUCCGACCCUCUGCAGUCCCAGUACGACUCCUGGUUGUCCCUGGUGGACCAUCUGAACAUCAAGUCUUUUGUCAACUUGACGUUGGCUGAUUCUGUGCGUCACGGAGUUCAACAUCUCCUCUUCAUUUCCGGACUAGGUGGGAUGCGUCCUAACACUCUCGUCCUCGGUUUCUAUGACGAUUGUCUUCCAAAGGACAAGCUGAUUGAUCCCUCACUUAUCACCAGUCAGUCCACAGACCCCUCGGUCUCCUCGCAGGAGUUCGAUCAACAGCCCCCUCUAUUUCACUUUGCCUCCCUGCGGGGGUCCAGUGACAGACAGGACUGUGGUGAAUUUGGGGACGGGAAGGCUCUAGGACCCCAGGAGUAUGUCGCCAUCAUUGCUGACGCCAUGAAGAUGCUAAAGAACGUGGUGCUUGCGCGAUACUUUAACAACUUUGACCGAGCCCAGGUCCUCUCGCCGCCGUCCUCGUCUCCAGGAAAGGGAGCUGUGUACGUCGACGUGUGGCCGGUCAACCUCCUGCGUCCGGACAGCUGCAGCUACGUCGACACCUGCUCUCUGUUUCUGCUCCAGCUCGCGUGCAUCCUCAACAUGGUGAGAGCCUGGCGUAAAGCUAGGCUCCGUCUUUUUCUGUGCGUGGAGGAAGGACGGAGCGUGCGCGGCUCGGAGGAGAAGCUGGGCCAACUGUUGAAAGAGCUGAGAAUCAAAGCUCAGGUCUACAGCGUGCCGUGGGACCAACAGGUGGCGCUACACUGGCAGCGGCAAGGCGAGUGGGGCAAGAAACAACCGUCUGAUACCACUAACGAAGAAAAGAAGCAGAGAGUAUAUGAGGAAGAGGAGAACGAUGACGAUUAUGUUAACAGCUUCCCGAGCAACACCACGCGUCUGUCCGAUGACUACCUGUCAGCUGUCAAUAAGCUGAUCCUGGACUCGGCUCCGCCCGCCCCUGCAGUGCGUUUCCUGUAUUUACCCCGCCCUCCAGCUGACACCCGCCGCUACACCACCUACUUACACCAGCUGGAGCUGCUUACUAAGGACCUGGGCCCCACGCUGCUCAUCCACGGCGUCACACCGGUCAUCACCACUGACCUGUGAACAAUCUGACACCCUCAGCGAGGUGUGUCUGCGAUGCUGAGGGCCGCUGAGAUCAGCAGGGGGCAGCGUCACUGGAGACCUCAGCUGGGCCCUGACAUUGACCUCUGCACCCAGCGACGGACUGGGGAAAAGAAAACAGCCCUGAAAUCUGACCCAGACGGUGAUGUCAUUGCUGACUCUUUGAUAGCACCUCCACUGUCGCACAAAAUGGAAACGCUCUAAAAGAACAGCCUGUUUUAGAAUAUUGACAAUGAAUACCAGAUAUUUUACUCAGCCACUUGGGGAUCACAAAACUCUCGACGCAUAUUUAACCUUUUUUUUCCUUUUUUGUGUGUUUUCAGCUGGAAGUUUUGGUUUUCCCAUCAAGCUUCUGAAGGCACGGUGUUUUUAAACUUUUAGGUCAACUUUGUCUCAAUUUAAAGCUUUAACACCUGGAUCGACAUCUUGUGCUGCAUUCAGAUGCCUUUUACUAAUAUCUAAACCUCUGCAAAAUGGUUUAACCCUUUGAAACCUGGAUUCACAUCAGUUUCCUUGUGCUGUGGCCCGAU